AAGAGAGAGAGAGAGAGAGAGAACCUCAGCGUCAAGCCCCCCUCUGUCGGAGACCCUUCUCCGCAACGCGAACCGAUCCCCCCCUCGUUCCUCCCUGCCAUUCCCGGUGUGUACACGCGUCCGCCGCUCUGUCGGUCCCUUGGUACCCUCGCUGAGCCCCCUGCCGUCCCCUGCGUCCUUUCUCCCCGACUCCCUCCCCCAGACGACACAACAAACAACCGCGACUUCUCAGUUGCCGCUCAAGAUACUGCUACGUUUGUACGCACGCACACGCGUGUCAUGCCGCGGCACUCUGUGCUGCGAUUGUCUCACGAUAGUUUCUGUGGGAAAGAAAACGAUCGGGGGGAGUAGGGGAGGCGUUUAUUUCCUUCGCGAGGAGGAAACACGGGGCACCUAGAGCGGUAGGCUUCGUCGCUGCACAAUUUUGUUUCGUGCAUCGUGCGUGCACGAAGUGCUCGCAUAGUGGGGAAGAGGACGACUUUGUCGGGAAGGGAGAUGGACAAAGAGUGAGAGAGAGAGGAAGAUAGCGAGAAGGGGAAUUGGCGCGAUUGACAGUUGGUAGUUAGUGUCGCUUCCUCGAUACGCAACGGCGGUGUUCACGAGAGUACUGUAGUUCUGCGAGUUCCCCGCGGAUAGUACAAGUAAAAGAGAGAGGGAAACGGAGGAAGGAGGAUAUCUCGCGUCUUCGAGAAGGGAAUCGUAAAGUCUACGACGAGCUUAAAAACUCUACCUUUUGCGCGUUCCGCGAUCGCCAAUGGGUCGGGAAGGAAUCGUCGGUAAUCGAGAAAAGUUCGAGAGUAAUCUGUUGAGAAAUCGAGAGCCGCUAGAGAAAGAAGGGACGGGAGCCAUUAUUGACUGAAGCCGACUCCAGCGGCCUGGACGCCAACAGGACGCGCGGGUGAACCGCAUAGAUAAUUGCCGAAGCGAAGGAUAUACUCAAGGGGAUAACUAUACAAGAAAUUCUUCACCUAAUUACUGAAGAAGGAUAAUUGACGAAGAAAUUCUCUAGGUAAAGAAAAAGAAGAGAGAGAGAGAGAGAGGUACGAGAUAUUGAAGCGAAGAAGCGGAACCUUCAAGAGUAAGAGGAAGGGUUCGUGGAAACGGAAGUGGCGAGAAGACCGACGAACACACGACCUGCUCUCCCUCGUGUUAGUCCUUCGCCCCCCCUCCCCCCGCCCCUGCUGCACUUUUAUUAGUCGUUCGCUAAAUGAUUCACGCGGGCACGUGAACCGCCGAUCUCUCUCGCAGAAGGAACUGGAUCACGUCGAGGAACCUCCUCGGGAACCCGUCCAGCGUGGUUCGGCGACCGAUCUCGUACGGAGAGUCGGGGGAAGGAAGGACCCCCGGCGGCGGGGAUAGAGGGUUACGGUUAAGCGAAAGAGUGGCUGUAAAAGAAGGGCACGGAAGGAGGGAGAGAAAAAGAGAGAUAGGAGAGGGGGCAAUAGAAGAGAAGCCAGGCGAAGCGCGGCAGGGUACCGGAGAGAAGGCGAGACGGAAGGAGGAAGAAGGAGGGAGGUAGAGAGGCACGUCGCGUGGACAACCGUGCACGCUCGUGUCUCUCUCUCGUUUCGUUUUGCUGCUUUCGCUCGCGCGAGAGCGCGGUGGAUGAGCUACGCUCGUUAGUGCCGGUUGAUGGUACGUCCUCCUCGUGGUCUCUCGAGGACAGCACACUUCGAGGACGCUUUCGAGGACAGCACGUGGUGUUGGUGGUGUCAGUUGUGGAAGUGGUGGUCGUCGACGGGGGAACAACGCGCGGUCACAACAACGACGACGACGACGACGACGACGACGACAGCGGCGGCGGCGGCGGUCCAGGUGUUGACGACGAGAUCUCGGGGAGGCGUCUUCGUCAUUGUCCUGCGUCCUUGAGGAGGACGUCGUCCUCGUGACUCGUCGAGAUAACGACACAUCGGUGCAAUCAUGUAUAAGUUACUAGGAGGAUUGAGCAAGUAUCUGAAGCGGCAGGAGAUCGUCACGGACUCUGUGGUGUUUCGUAUGCACACUCUCUUCACCGCGGUGCUGCUGUUUACGUGCUCCCUAAUAAUCACAGCUACCCAAUUCGUCGGCAAUCCGAUCUCCUGCAUCGUCCAGGGCUUGCCCACGAAUGUCAUCAACACGUACUGCUGGAUUACAUCCACGUUCACCAUGCCGGAUGCGUUCAAUCGACAGGUUGGUAUCCAUGUCGCCCAUCCUGGAGUGGCCAACGACUUCGGAGACAUCACCGCGAGGAAAUACUACCCGUACUAUCAGUGGGUCUGCUUUGUGCUGUUCUUCCAGGCAGUUAUGUGCUACGUACCACAAUGGCUGUGGAAGGCUUGGGAAGGCGGCCUGAUAGAGGCGUUGGCCAAGGGAAUGAAUUACGGCAUAGACAGCAAGGAAAAUUUAACGAAGAAGAAAAGCCUCGUCAUGGAUUACUUAAUGAUGCAUAUCAGAAAUCACAACACGUACGUGUAUCGGUACUUCGCCUGCGAGGUUCUGUGUCUCAUCAAUAUAAUCUUUCAACUUUAUAUAAUGAACCGAUUCUUCGAUGGCGAAUUCCUCAGCUACGGUUGGCGAGUAUUGCAGUUAUCGGACAUACCGCAAGAGGAACGAAUUGAUCCCAUGGUCUACGUAUUUCCUCGCGUUACCAAGUGCCUAUUCCAUAAGUACGGACCUUCGGGCACAAUACAGCAGCACGAUUCCCUCUGUAUUCUGCCGUUAAAUAUCGUCAACGAGAAGACGUACAUUUUCAUUUGGUUCUGGUUCUUUAUAUUGGCCGUCUUGUUAAUCACCCAGAUAUUAUAUCGAGCGAUGAUUAUUUUCGCUCCAUUUAUACGACCGAAACUGCUGCACUUGUCGACGAGAGUACUGCCCAUCGAGACUUGCCAGAGCGUCAGCAGAAAAGUUGACCUCGGUGAUUGGUGGAUACUUUACAUUCUUUCAAGCAAUAUGGACUCGCUCAUCUACAGGGAUUUCCUUAUGGAAUUCACAAAGAAGAUGGGUGAUGCUAGCUCGAAGGCCCUCGCGUAAGCGCGAGCUCUUAGACGCGCACUUUGCGCUGUUUAUUGUAUAGUAAAAUUAUUUAGUUUAAAUAUACAUCGAUAUAUCUGGACUGACUCGCACCUCGCGGCAUGUUCCUGAAAAUAUAGGACUUAACAAUAACGAGAACGACCAAACAUAGAUCUUUUACGCUAGGACAUUACAUAUAUUAUAUAUAUAUAUAUAUAUAUAUAUAUAUAUAUAUAUAUAUAUAUAUAUAUAUAUAUAUAUUAUAUUUUUGUAUAUCAUAAUGUAGCGGAAUUCAAAUUUAGAUAUGCGAGAAACAAAAUCCAAUUUAAAUCUCAAUUUCUCUCGCGUAUCUAUCAGUGAUUGGGUAUUAUUAUUCAGCCCUUCUUUAUAUAUCAGUGAUUCAGGAUUAUUAUUCAGCUCUUCUAACUUUUAAAAACUAUAGAUACAAAGAAAUGCACAUUACCGAUUAAUUGUGUCGUUACGUUAUUUUAUUUUGUUAUGUGUUUUGCUUUAGCCAUUUACUUGUUUAAAAGUUAGAAGAAUAAUCUGAAUCAUGUAACUAAUUUUCUCAAAGCAUCAUAUAACAUCUAAGCAUAUAUAUGUUUAUUUCAUUUUACCAUUUUUUAAAUACAUACUUUUAUAUUGGAACAUGAGGGCAUCUCGCAUCAGAAAAUUAUAGAAGAUAAAUUACUGGAUGGUACCGGAAUUCUUGGUCUCAAUUUUGACGUACCGUCCAGUGUAAUUUAUCUUCUUUCUGUAAUUUUCUGUCGCAAAUUACCCACUCGUUCCAAACGUGUUUCUGUAAUACUUUCGCUGCCAACCGGUUGCGUCAUCUUGGACCGCAAGAAAACCGCAUUUGCAAUACGGCCGUAGCAUGACUAGUUAUAAUGGUUACUGUAUAUGCAGAUUGUGACGACCAAAAAUAUAGGGAAUACUGACAGCUUUUUCUUCAAGCUACUACUUUAACGGCCGCAUCGGUAUUCAUCUGUCGGUCGCAGUUACGUGCAUGAUUAUGUUAUGUAAGAUGUGAUAAAUAGUGGUAACAUAGUUUCUCGAGAGAACUAAAGGUAGAAAUUGAGACAAUGAAAGAGACACAGAAGAAAACUUUGUUAUCAGAUCGGCAAUAAAGUUUUUUCUGUCUGUGUCUUUCUCUUUCUUUUCAUCUUUGAGUGUCAGCACACUUUGCGCGAGAUUUUUUGCCCGUUUGUGUUCUACGGACAACACGCUGUUGUCAGAUAAGACUUCCAUUCGGAAUUGUGAACUCGUUCGUUCGUAAAUUUCCUAGCGUAUAAGUUUUCUUGUAUCUGCGUGCAAAGAUAUGCAAAGAUAUGCAAAGAUUUUUAUUGUACUGCGUGCAAAGAUAUGCAAAGAUCUUUUUUAUUGUAUUGCGUGCAAAGAUGUGCAAAGAUUAAAGAUUCUGAAUGACUUAA